UUAUCGCAUGUCGCCAUACCAUGCUGCUUACGCCUCGCAAACCCGAAUAAAAUGGAACUACACCUGUUCUCGGAUGCCUCUAAAGACGCCUACGCAUCAGUCGCUUAUUUGGUGUGCCAAUAUGAAGACGAUAGCCCUACAUCACGCCUUGUCGCAUCAAAGUGCCGUGUAGCCCCCACCAAAGCGAUUCCCAGACUGGAGCUUAUGGGUGCCAUUCUCUCAAGCCGUUUAGCUCAAAGUCUUCUGAAAGUCCUGACUGUCGAUCGAGUGAUCUUUUGGACUGACUCCCAGAAUGUGUGCCAUUGGGUACGAAACCACAGCCGGCAGUUUAAGCCCUUCGUAGCCAACCGUAUCGCAGAAAUUCAACGGACGACGAGUCCCGAGCAAUGGAGGCAUGUACCUGGGAUACAAAAUCCAGCAGAUCUAGCGACCCGAGGUCAAUCUGCUAUGGAACUAGCCAAAAGCACAUUUUGGUUGGAAGGACCAUCGUUCUUGAAAGAUGUCGAGAUCUCGGGGCCAUCAGCGCCUUCCGUUAGAAAGGAGACGAAAGUUGAAGAUAUUGAAAAGACAGUGGCACAGACGUACAUGGUCCAGGCGCGCGUUAACCUGGGCGUUGAUCCAAACCAUUUUUCUACCUUCCGUCGCCUUUGUCGUGUGACUGGAUGGGUUCAACGAAAAUGGGUUCAACGAAAUGUGGUUCUGGAUGGGUUCAACGAAAAUGGGUUCAACGAAAAUGGGUUCAACGAAAAUGGGAAAAUGUCGUGUGACUGGAUGGGUUCAAAGCACUGAUGCUUUAAAUGAUCAAGUAAUUUAUGAAAGUACUGUGCUUCUUCCUAAAGAAAAUUUUCACUUCGCAGAUAUUACUAUAGAUAGUGUUUCCAAACGCCUACAAAAACUAAAUGUCUCAAAAGCGACAG